GUCCGGGCUUUCUUCGGUAAUAUUACCAAUCUUGUCGAACAGUAACGUCUCCCAAGGCUUCAUCUGUAUCAGCUCCAAGCACGUGGAUGCAAUAGACAACUUGCAAAGGACCUGCUCACAAUCAUUGAAUGAUACUACAGUACUCUCGUAUCAAAUCAUGGUUCCAAUCGGCGUGGGCGUUAUCGGGCUCAGCUCCCUCACCACGAGCAUUCCAGCCACUGCAGGCGAUGGAUGGGCAGCAAGUGCUCAUCUGCCGUACCUGCUAGCGUCACCCCUCUACGAAAUUGUGGCACUCUGCAACUCAAGCAUCGCAUCAGCUGCAAAGGCCGUUGAACGAUACAGGCUUCCUCCUGAUACCAAGACCUAUGGAAACCCUCAAGAUCUCGCAGACGAUCCAAGUGUUCAGCUUGUAGUAUGCUGCGUUCGAGUUGAUAAGCAUUAUGAGCUCAUGAUGCCAGUGCUCAGGGCCGGCAAAGAUGCAUACAUCGAAUGGCCCCUUGGUUCGAAUCUACAACAAGCCGAAGAAAUGCUAGCGACUGCUAAGAAGAGUGGUAGCAGGACAAUUGUUGGCCUUCAAAGCCGAUACAGUCCUGCAACGCAAAAGAUUAAACAACUUAUCGCGGAGAACGCCAUCGGAAAGCUGCUCAGCUCUAGCCUUUCCUACGACGUCGAAGCCAUUGGGGACACUGAUUUGCCAGGGGUAGACUAUAUGAGCAAGAAGGCCGCUGGAGGAAACAUGUUUACCAUCAUGUUCGCCCACUGCGCUGACGCCAUGUUCUCUGCACUAGGAGGUCCAGAAGAGCUUUCUGCAAUACUGUCCACCCAAUGGCCUGAGGUGAGAUAUCUGAAUGCGGAUGGCUCAUUCAAUCGUAUGAUCGAACGCGAAACUCCGGACCACGUUCUGCUUCAAGCUACUCUAAAGGCCUCGAAUGUUCCAGUCUCGAUAGCGGUUCGCGGCGGAAAACCUUUCAAGAAUGCUCCUGCCUUGAUGUGGCGCAUCUUCGGUACGAAAGGCGAGAUCCACCUCACAUCUCCAACUCUCGUUUCCCUUGAAUUUGGUAACAAGCUUGAGCUCUAUAAUUAUCAGAGGGAUACGGUGGAGGCUAUCGUUCUGCAGCAUCCGAGCAACCUGGCCUCUUUGGCACCCACAGCAAAAAACAUUGGUGCAUUGUAUGAGUCGUUUGCUGUAGGAAAAGAUGUUGUUGGUUUUGAUGAGGCCGUUGUACUACACAAGCUGAUUGAGAAGAUUGAGAGAAGUAACGAAGAUAGAAGCAGGACGCUUUGAAGAAUGAUGCAUCAACAGCCUAGCGCGAUUGAU